CAACUGUGUUUGCUAGGGAUGGGGAAAUGAUGUCACGCUGUACUUUCGUGGCUCAUGUUGCGUAAAAUGCUGCCACCACUUCCGCACUGAGUUCUUGAAAAGACAAGGCUGAGAAGCAAGGGACUUUUUGGUGGUUCGAGGCCCGGGGUUUUGAAUAUGGAGGAUGGGGAAGGGAGGUUGAUAGGGGUCAAGUACAAGGGGGAAAACCUGAUACAAGAGAGGAGGUUGAGAGAGAGAAGUACAUACAUGGGAAAUCAUGCUACAGCAGUUCAGAAGGUGGCAUUGACAAGAGGAAGAUGGGGACAGGGUCAAGGGAACAAGGAAAAACAUUGGGGAAAGAGUAGAUGGGUGUACAAAAAUGGAAACCAUACUUUUAGUAGCUCAGAAAGUGAAACUGAUGAGUGACAUGGAGUUGAAGAGAGCGAGGAUAAAGUUUUAAAAAAUAAAAUGGAGGAGAGGAGCUGCAAGGGUUGGAGGUUGAUGUGUCUGUGAAAGAAAAUGAAUGGUUCCUGCCCAGUGGGAGUGAGAUUGUUGGAGAGAUCCUUGCCUUCUGGCUGAUAACAUAUGUGGUGUCAGGUUGGAAAAGAGUUUGGUGACCGAGUCAGUGAAAGGAACUUAAAGUUUUAUUCUGUCCAGAGGGAACGGGCGCUCGUCACCACGCACCUGGGGACAACCGUGACCUGCUUUGCUCUCUGGGAGUGCGGAGCGUUGAAAGGAGUGAUACCUGGUGAAGUGUUAAGGAGGAUCAACUGAAAUGGAAGAUUCCCGGUGUCUGAUACCGGCCGUUUAGUGCGUCCCAGGCUCCGUGGAGAGUGUGAAACGGAAGACACUGAUGUGAGAAGUGUGCAGUCCGGGCAUGAGACAAAGGAAUGUGUGGUAUCGGUGGAAAAAGAUCCCUCAGUUUGAAGAUGUCAAAUUUGAGGCUGCAAGUCUUCUGUCAGAGCUCUAUUGCCAACAGCUGCUUUUGCAUAAUCUGGUUGACUCUGCAAAGCCCUUGCUGCGGAAGGCCAUUCAGAUCUCCCAACAGACUCCCUACUGGCACUGCAGAUUACUCUUCCAACUGGCGGUACGUCAAUCUAACAACUAAACCUCAACUGCACACGCUGGAGAAGGAUCUAGUGUCAGCCUGUGACCUCCUGGGGGUCGGGGCAGAGUAUGCCCGGGUAGUGGGCUCCGAGUACACCAGAGCCCUCUUUCUUUUGAGCAAAGGAAUGCUGCUGCUGAUGGAGAGGAAGCUGGGGGAGGUGCACCCCCUGUUGACUCUGUGUGGGACCAUCGUGGAGAACUGGCAGGGAAACCCCAUCCAGAAGGAGUCCCUCAGGGUGUUCUUCCUGGUUCUGCAGGUCACACACUACCUGGACGCUGGACAGGUGAAGAGUGUGAAGCCGUGUCUGAAGCAGCUGCAGCAGUGCAUCCAGACCAUCUCUACACUCCACGACGAUGAGAUCCUACCCAGUAACCCUGCCGACCUGUUCCACUGGCUGCCCAAGGAGCACAUGUGUGUCCUCGUCUACCUGGUGACAGUCAUGCACUCCAUGCAAGCAGGCUACCUGGAGAAGGCCCAGAAAUACACAGACAAAGCUCUCAUGCAGCUGGAAAAGCUCAAAAUGCUGGACUCCAGCCCCAUCCUCUCCACGUUCCAAGUCAUCCUACUGGAGCACAUCAUCAUGUGUCGACUCGUCACUGGUCACAAGGCCACGGCACUGCAGGAGAUCUCUCAGGUGUGUCAGCUGUGCGCUCAGUCCCCAAGGUUGUUCACCAACCACGCAUCCCAGCUACACACCCUGCUAGGUCUGUACUGCAUCUCCGUGAACUGCAUGGAUAACGCAGAGGCGCAGUUCACUGCUGCCCUGCGGGUGAGUGACCUGACGACGCAUCAGGAGCUGUGGGCGUUCAUCGUGACCAACUUGGCCAGCGUCUACAUUAGGGAAGGCAACAGGCACCAGGAGCUUUAUAGCCUGUUGGAGAGGAUAAACCCAGAUCACAACUUCCCUGUCAGCUCUCAUUGUCUGCGAGCAGCAGCUUUCUACAUCCGUGGACUGCUCUCCUUCUUCCAGGGACGAUACAAUGAGGCCAAGCGGUUCCUGAGGGAGACUCUGAAGAUGUCCAAUGCUGAAGACCUGAAUCGUCUGACCGCAUGCUCUCUGGUCCUAUUGGGCCAUAUCUUCUAUGUGCUGGGGAACCACCGGGAGAGCAACAACAUGGUUGUUCCAGCUAUGCAGUUGGCCAGCAAGAUCCCCGACAUGUCAGUCCAGCUCUGGUCCUCAGCUCUGCUCAAGGAUCUAAACAAGGCGUGUGGGAACACGAUAGAUGCCCACGAGGCAGCUCAGAUGCACCAGAACUUCUCCCAGCAGCUCCUGCAGGACCACAUCGCUGCCUGCAGUCUCCCUGAGCACAACCUCAUCAGUUGGACGGAUGGACCACCUCCAGUGGGCCAGUUUCAGGCACAGAACGGACCCACUACCAGCCUGGCCAGCCUGCUCUGAGCACCACCACGCCAUGACCGGCUGAGAGGGGAAGGGACCGGCUGAGAGGGGAAGGGACCGGCUGAGAGGGGAAGGGACCGGCUGAGAGGGGAAGGGACCGGCUGAGAGGGGAAGGGACCGGCUGAGAGGGGAAGGGACCGGUAGGAGGAUAGAAGUGAAGGGAAAGAAAAGAAGAGGGAGACUCGUAAUGCUGCUGAUCUGCAUACAGCCGGUCUGUUUGAACAUUGUUGUUACCAUGCCAACGAGAAGCGCUAACUAAUGCUGAAAUGGAAUACUACAGAGAGAGAGAACCUCAGACUGCCACCGGACAUUUAAUGAAAGUAGAGUACCUUGUAGAGUUGAAACCUCACAUCUAAUCUUUAUUUUUUCUCAAGUUUUUACUGAUAUCCACAUGGCAGUCAAAGCUAGCUUUUUGGUCUAGCCGGUGGUGUGUAUGGUUGACUUUGAAUUGCUGACAACAAGGGUUCCGUAGAAGGUUUUUACACACAGAGAGAAAAGACACCGCCCCUACCCCAAGUUCAAAGCAGAACAAUAAACCAGUGAGAAGACAGUCACUGGAGCGAGAGAACUUUAAAAAAUGGUUAGGUCCUACACAACAGUCCUAGUGGGCAAUAAAGGCAUUGGAUUGGGUGAAUAUUUUAGUCGUUUUUAUUAUUAUUUUAUUAGUUUUUACUCAACUUUUUAAUGGCAGCGGUGUUGGCACCCCCCUUUUUUCGCAUCUAAAAAGUUUUGUCCGCCUGAACUCUCCUACAGUACCCAUUGCAGCCAGAGGGGGGCACUGCAGUCAUAUUUGAGAAACCUGUUGGUGAAAUGGCAAAGGACACUUUUUUUUUAGUUGUAUUUUAUGAAACCGUUUUUAAAUGGUGAUAGGUUUUUCAAGAAUACCACAAUUCUUAUUCACUGUGUAAUUAUGUGACAGUCACUUUUUUCUUUGGUGUUUCACAAUGCUGAUUCUUAUUUUCCAGACUUACAAACCAUUUUGCAAUGACACCUAUGUGUUGUAAAUAUUAACCAUUUAUUUUACCAAAUGAAUCAUUUAUUAGAUUUUGUAAAGUUUAACUAUUUAUAUACCAGGUUUGACAAUAUAUUAGUUUCACUUUUCUUUCUUUAUGCAGAUAUGUUUUUGUAAUAUGGCAUGUAAACAUUUAGACUUUUUCCCCGUUGUGCAUUUUGCUGUUUCUUAUGAAUUAUUGAAACAUGUAGAAGCUAGGUUUGGUCAGUUGUGGAGCAAACUGCUCGAGCUACGACAGCCUUAUCAAGUCUUUCAUACUGUGGGGUUAUUAUGGGUUGGUUAUUUUCUUUGCUGGUAUUGUUUUAAAUAAUUCAACACGUUAUCAAGAAAAGUCUCAAAUAGAAUUGCUAAAAGGAAAUUGAGUUAUUUUGCAUUGAUUUAAAAAAAAAAAUGUUUAAAUGCUGAUCUGAACACUCCAACAUACAAACGUUACCUUCAACUUUUCUUUUGAGACCAAAUAAAUAGGCUAUUACAGAGCAUUGGUCCUGAUUUGAUUUGAGACAACAGAUCAUCUAACCGCUCUGUUCAACUCAUGUAACAGACACCUUGACCCCAAUCCUAUGAGAAUUGGCUUUACACAACACUUAAAAUGCUCAUUUUCACAUUUUUGCUUGAGGGCACAUUUAUGCCCACAAUGUAGGCUGUAAGAGAUGUGUGGAAAUGGCUGAAGGCCAGGCAAUGGUGCUUUGAAAGGAAUUAUUAUUAAGAACAUUGUUUCUGCAUUGGAAAUGUCUCUUCCCCUCUAUACCCCUUCCUGAGAGAACGGUAAAACCAAAAGUCUAAUUGUGUGUAGUAACCAAGGUUUGAAUUACACGUUUAAAAAAGUUGGCCAGACCAAUCUUCACAUUCUUAACCAUUUGAGGUUUCCAUGUUAAUAUUGUGAAGCUUAUGGGAGAGCCCAGCCCUUCAAUGGUCUUGAUUUUUGUCCUCCAGACAUUGAUCAAACCUAAAUGAAUAAUGAUGUGAACAGAAAUAAAUUUAUAGAAGUCCCAGUGGCCCUG